AUGAGUGACGAAUCUAACGAGGUGCCGGCCACCGGCUCGCCUGAACACUAUGCCAUCGGUAUCGCCUUCGGAAAUUCCUACAGUUCAAUAGCACAUAUCUCAGGAGAAGGGAAAGUUGAGGUCAUCGCCAACGAGGAAGGUGACCGCCAAAUCCCUUCCGUCUUGUCCUACAUCGAGGGAGAGGAAUACCAUGGAACACAAGCAAAAGCACAGUUGGUCCGCAACAGCAAAAACACCGUCGCAUACUUCCGAGAUUUCAUUGGCAAGGACUACAAGUCGAUAGACCCUACUCCGUGCCACGCCUCAGCACAUCCUAUUGAGGUCGAUGGUCAAAUCUGUUUCUCAAUCCGGGACACAGACAGUGAGACCGAGAACAAAGUUUCAGUCCAGGAGAUCACUGCCCGACACCUGCGACGGCUGAAGAACUCGGCAUCCGACUUUGUCGGCAAACCAGUGACGGCGGCUGUUGUUGCCAUUCCUACAGACACCAGUGACGAACAGAAAGCGGCCUUGACCAAAGCUGCCGCCAGCAUCGAGCUUGAGAUUCUACAGUUUAUGCCCGAACCCAUUGCUGCCCUCCUUGCGUACGACUCGCGGGUUCCCGACUCGGGGGCAGACAAGAAUGUGUUGGUUGCAGACUUUGGUGGACACAGGUCCGACGUCGCGGUGAUUGCUUCAAGAGGAGGAAUGUACAGCAUCCUGGCCACGGCCCACGAUUACGAGCUUGGUGGUGCUCAGCUCGACCAGAUUCUCAUCGACCACUUCGCCAAAGAAUUCGAGAAGAAGAACAAGACGGACCCGCGCAAGAACGAGCGAAGUCUGGCCAAGCUGAGGCUCGAGGCCGAAGCGGUGAAGAAGGCACUCAGCCAAAGUACCAGCGCGACCUUCAGUGUGGAAAGUCUUGCGGACGGAGUGGACUUCCGGUCGACGAUCAACAGGAGUCGAUAUGAGAUUCUCGCACUCAAGACAUUCGGCCGCUUCACCAGGCUCGUCGAGGAGGUCAUCAAAAAGGCCGACCUUGACGUCCUGGACAUCGACGAGAUCAUUCUGUCCGGGGGUGCCUCGCAUACACCCAAGAUUGCCAAGAACAUUGAAGCCAUCUUCCCCGAGUCGACUCGGGUGUUGGCUCCGGCCACCGUCACGACAGCUUUGAGCCCGUCCGAGCUUUCCGCGCGCGGUGCGGCCCUGCAAGCGUCUCUGAUCCAAGAAUUCGACAAGGAGGACAUCGACCAGUCGACACACGAAAUGGUCACAGUCACACCACACCUGACUGCCGCGGUGGGCUAUCAAGUGUCCGACCAACCUGCGGAUUCGUUCAAGGUGCUCAUCCCAGCCGAGACUGCCUUGCCUGCACGGAGAAGCAAGGUGAUUGAUGGACUCGAGGGCGAUGUAUUGAUCCGGAUAUGUGAAGGUGAGCGCGAGAUCAAGGUCACCCAGUCGGAAACCAUGCCUAAGACGAACGGGACCAAAGAUGGGGAUGAGGACGCUGAAGACGAUGAUGACUCGGACGUCGACGAAGACGAUGAACCGGAAGAGAUCCGCGAAAAGAUCUGGAAGCCCAAGCAGGCGCUGGCCGAGUUUGUGUUCAAGGGCUUGCCCAAGAAAUCCAAGGUUGAAAUCAUGGUCAAUGUCGAUGCUGACUCGUCUGUGUCUUUCACGGCCCGACACGUUGGUGGCAAGGGGGGAGUUCGGGGCGAGAUCAAGGCUGCCGAGGUCGCGCAGAACGGGAGUGCAUGA